AACGCCAGUUGCGCCUCUACUGUUCGAUGAGCACGUGGUUAUUGUCAAAUAUUGUUUAAGGGGAUUCCUGGAUUUUUAUUUAAAUUUUUCACUACCCAGUGCUUUGUUUCACCAAAACAUUAUAAAAUAUUUUGACAGUGAUUAAGUUUAAUAAAUAUCAAAUAUUUUAGUUAUAAUCUUGUGAAAUACUUUUAUCUAUCUUUAUAUAUUUACGAGUGUGUGAAUAUGUGUGUGUAUGUGUGUUUAUGUAUACAUACACAAUCAUGGUUUCAGUUUAAUAAAUAUAUGAAUAAUUAUUAAUAAUUCAACGAGGAUAAAAUGACAUUAAUAUUACAAGGAUUAUCGAAAUGAAUAAUCAUAGAAUGCGUGAUUACAAACAUUUUAAUUUCGGAGUAGUUGUAUAAUUUACGAGAGAUCGCCUUUUUUUCCAAGGUUUCAAUUCCUUGCUUACUUUAUGAUUUAAAGAAUUGUCAUUUUGCAACUUAAAGUACGUGCGCAAAUGCACAAUUUUACUUCAAUGGGAUUUUUUUUUUAUUAUUUGUUUCACGCAUUAGCAUGCUUUGAAACAGAAGGCUUGGGAGAGUUCAAUUAAUAUGGAUAAUUUUUUAAAAAACUACUUUUCAAAUUGACCAAGUUUUAUUUUAUGUCACGACGUGAGGUCCUUGAAAAACUUUAAUUAGAUUGUAUUGAAACAUUUCGAUUUAUAACUUUUUUUUUUCUUUUUUUUCAUCUUUAUUUUCUUUUACUGCUCAACCUUGACUGUAAGAAUAACAAUUAUUGAAUAAGUUAAAAGAGACGUACUUUUGUGCGUCAUGAUGGGAGUGUUGAGGUGGAGGCACGAUCUAAGAUCGGAGGCCAGUCAACAGCAACAGCAACAACAGAGGAGUAACGGUCAUACUAGUACGCUUACGAAACUUGUGACCCAGACAUCUAGAGACGAUCGUCAAGUUUCCAGUCCUGGUAAUCAAACCCUCAUACCGUCUCCAUCACCAUCGCCAGUUGGCGAUGCACCUUUGGGACGUGCCUUGAUGGAGGCAGCUAUCCAACAAGCUAAUACCUGUACUCAGCAACAACCACCACUAAUUGUAACACCUCCAGGAUAUUGGGUAGAUGGUACUGAUCAUCGUCAUGCUCUUGAUUCUGUUGGCAGAGCAAUGCUGCCAACGCAACCAGCUUGGCAGCCACGAAUCGAUCAGGAUGACACAGCCAAGUGCUAUAGACGCUUUUUUGUUGGAAGGGAGCAUGUAAAUCUUGUUGGUAGAGACUCAGAAAAUGGUCCAAUUUUGGUAUCAAUGAAGUCAGAAACCGUUGCUGGGCAAGAACAUUGGAGAGUAUUACUUCGUAUUAGAUCUGGUUCGACUCACGAACUGGUACCGUCAAUUAAUUUAGAACCUAAUCCAUCUCCUGCUAAAAUGGUUAAGGCGAUAAAUGAAUGUCUCAAUGUCAGUACACUAAUGCCAAUAGUGUGUUCCGGAGCUGGAACUUUAAUUGCUCGAUAUGACGAACAUGCAUUAGUAAGCAGAUUUAAAUUUGGUGUAUUACAUCAGAGGGCCGGACAAGUUACGGAAGAGCAAUUAUUUGGUAAUCGUCAAAUAACACCAGCAUUCCAAGAAUUUUUAGAUUUACUUGGACAAAAAAUUGAUCUAAAAGAUCACAAAGGAUAUCGUGGAGGAUUAGAUACAAGACAUGGUCAAACAGGAGAUUCAGCAGUUUAUGAAGUAUUUCGAGGUCGUGAAGUGCUUUUUCAUGUUGCUUCAAUGCUUCCCUACAGUCCUGGUGAUUCGCAGCAACUUCAACGUAAAAGACAUAUUGGCAAUGAUAUCGUAGCAAUAAUAUUCCAAGAGGAACCAACGCCUUUUAGUCCCGAUAUGAUUGCUAGCCAUUUUCUUCAUGCCUUCAUUGUUGUUCAAGUCAUCGACCCAUGUACGCCUAACACGAGAUACAAAGUAAGCAUUACAGCACGAGACGACGUACCUUGGUUCGGACCAGCAUUGCCAACGCCUGCGGUCUUCCUUCGAGGCGUUGAGUUUAAAGAGUUUUUGCUUACAAAACUCGUAAAUGCAGAGAACGCAGCUUAUAAGGCAGAAAAGUUUGCGAAAUUAGAGUUAAGAACGCGGACAGCACUUUUGGAAUCUUUGGUUGAUGAGCUUCAAACAAAAACUAGUGAAUUUUUGGGAGCUGGAUCUGGCCCCGGUUUAUCUGGGUCAGGUACUUGUCCAGUUAGUCCAACAACAAGUGAUGCACCAACCUCUGGAAGUAGUGGAAGUGGUUCUAGAUUUAUUGAUACAGUACGUAAAGCAUUAAUAUCACGAGUAAGAAAUGCUUCAACUGAAAGUGUACCUCAGCAAUUAGCUAAAAAGGGUCAGUCUGAACCAAGUCCACCAAGUAAUCGACAAUCAACAUCAAAGAUUGGUGGGAAACGUGCAACUGAGCUUUCUAGUCCAUUGGGAUCUCCUGAUUUAACCUUGAGAAGGGAUUCAGAUCGUGUAAGUCCGAGCUUAGGAAGUCAGGACAGUAGUUUGUCUAAUACUGACAAUCAAGACAGUAGUAGUCUGACAACUUUGCAACAGGAUGAAAUUGAUAGACGAGAGUCAAAUACCUUACAAUUGACAUCCGGAAUGAAUAACGAAAAUAUAUCAACUAUUGAAAAAAGUCCUACAAUAACAUUUCCACGUCUUACUCAUGAAAAUAUACGGAAACGUGAUGACAGAUCUGAAAAACCAGAGAUAACUCACAGAAUUGUUUCUGAAAGUGAUGACAGUUCAUUAAAUAGCGAAUUAGAACUUGAUCAAGUUGUUUAUCCCGAUAGUGAUACUGGAUUAGAGUCAAUGAGUUCUGCUGAGACUCAUGAAACCACCAAGACUAAUAACAACAACAACAAUAAUACUAGUAAUAAUAAAAAUGGCACUAAUGAAAUGGAAAAUUUAAGACAAGAAGUCACUAGGUUGAAAUGUGACAAGCUGGACUUGUUGAGACAAAAUGUGACAUGCCAACGAGAUAUUAAACGACUUCGUGAAAAAGAAAUGCAAUUACAGUCAGACUUAGCGACUGCAUCCAAAGAAAUUUUACGACUCAGAGCAAUGCUCAAAGAAUGUUCAACUAGUAUUCCAUUGGAUAGCAAUAAUCAACCGUCAUCUACAGUUUAAAUUAUUUUAUUAAAUUAACAUUAUCAUUUAACAAUAAAUAUAUCAUUGUUUUUAUUAUUUGUAUUACUUCUAUUAUCGUAAUUUAACAACUAAUAUUAUUGCUAUUACGUAAUAGAAUUAAAGUAUUUGCAUGAUCUCCAAGAUAUCCGGAGAUGGUUAGCGAGUAGUAUAAAAAAAUUAAGAGAAUAUAAAAAAAUAAUUGAUAUUUUUAAAUAAAACAAAAAAUAUUUAUCAAAUUAUUUAUUGCUAUAAGCAUUAAGAUAAAUCUACACCCUUGAGUUAGUCACUGUAUUAAGAAAAAAAAAAAAAAGAAAGAAAAAAAAUUAACUGAAUCUGAUAUAAAUUUUAGUUGAAAUUUAACAAUACUGAGAUAGAGUAGAAUAUAUGAAAGUAAAAAAAAUAAAAAUAAAUGAUUAUACAGAUAUAUAACGAAUACGUAGUACGCCUUAGAUUAUUUAGUUAUUGAGACAUAUUCUAAUAUCUGUUGAUAAUAUUACUUGACUUACCUCGGGUGUCUCUUGUAUCUUGCAAUAUUUAAAUUGCUAAAAAUUUAGUCAAUUCAAAGUAAUUUAAAAUGCCUUUUAAAAUUUUAAUUAUUUCAAUUGUCAAAAAAAUUCGUUUCUUUUUGAUAACAAAAAAAAAAAAAAAGAACAAAUAUAAUAUUUAUAAGAAAAGUAAAUGAAUAAGUUAUAAAAAGGCUUAAAAUUUUCAAAGAUUUAAUUUUAUAUAAUAGGUAUUUAAGCUUUAAACCAAAUUUGAAUGUAUUUAAGCUUUGAAGCUUGAUCGAUUGAUAAGUUAUUUGCUUUUGUAAUCUAUUUAUAAGUAUAUUAUUCAAAUAUUUAUUUCAUUAGUAUUAUACACUUAAUUUUUUUUUUUACUUUUAUAAACAUCCAGAUAACACACGUUUAUUAUUGAUAUUAUUGAUGACAAGUGUAAAGAAAUAACUAUUGUAUUAUUUUUAUUAUUAUGUCAAGAGAUUUAAUAUGAAAGUUUUAUUAUAAUGCUUUAUCGACUUAUUCUGAUGCAUUACAAAUACCAAAGUUUAACAGAUAAAACAAUUUUAUCAUUUAAUUAUUUUAUAUUUUAUUUUUUUUCCAUAAUCACCUUAACCAAUCAUCUUUUAAUCAUUUUAUCCUGUCUUAAUUAUUUUUUUUUUAAAUUAAAUCGCACAGUAAUGCCCUGAUUAAAAAAUACGAUUAAAUCGAAUUUAAACUCAAUGGAAUUUCUAUUAGAUUCAAACUUUCAGUCAGAAUUUCCCGGGUGCGGUUCCAAUUAUUUCAUUGAAUUUUAAUCGGAUUCAAUCGGAAAAUAAUAAUUUUUUAUUGUUCAUUUUUUCGAUUGAAAGUAAAACCGAUUAAAAGCCAAACAGAAAUUUCUGAUUAAAUUUUUCAAUUAGAUUCAAUCAGAGUUUUUAAUCAGGAUCUAUAUAUAUGUUUUUUUUUGUUUUUGUUAAAUUUUAUGUCAUUCUGUUUUUAAUAAAUGUAUUUAGUAAUUUAAAAUAUAUUAAAUUAUACCACUGCCUAAAAAUAAGAAGAUAUUAAAAAUUAUAAGUAUAUAAAUUUAUUUACAUGAAUCGAAAAAUACACCUGUCAUAUUUUUUCACUUGUAUAAAUACAUUAAAUCAUUUGGUCUGGUGGCAAAAUUUAAAAUGAUAAAAA